AUGGACUCCAGCAGCCCAAGCUCUGUAACAGGCAUUCUUAUUGGAACUGUUGUUGGAUUAGUAGCUCUCGGUACCUUAAUAUUCUGCUAUUGGCGCUAUAGGUGCUACCGGCGCAACCGGGUAUUUGUGCGGAAGACCAAAAAAAUCAUUCAGUGGAGUUUAAGGAGAAAAAGCAAGAGGAAAAGGCGCAGGUGGAGAAGUAGGUGGAGCUCUUCUGGUAGCGGUUAUGCAGCACAGGGACCGCCACCACCGCCAUCAUCACUACUACCACCACCACCGGCAACACCGCCAACCAUUUUCCUCCCAAGGGAGCUUUGGAACCCUACAGAACUGGAACGAGACAUGGCGUCAAGAAAUAUACAGCUGGAUCGUCCAGAAUCAAAAUUCUCGGCUUCCACACUGCCAGGUGCUCAAGAUGACCUUGGGAUACAGCCACGAGAUUCUCCCCUAAACAUCACCCCACAAGGCAAUAAAAUUCUGCUAGCAGAUACGCAAGCUAGCACCCCCCUAGCACAAUCUCAAGACAAUGGUGGUCCGAUCACCACGUCCGUUACCACGCCCGUGACGAGUGGUGUAUAA